UAUCCUAUCCGUUGCAUCCUCUCGAGCAGACAAAUAUCGCUAUUACUCUCUCCUAUUUCUCCUCUGCUAUAAACUUGAAAUCCUGUCAACGUAGGUGUCCGUCUCUGUUUUUUCUGGCCUCUGCUGUUUCUCUUAAUUCACCAAGAAGCUUCGUCAACGGUAUUUCGGCUUAUCCACAUUAAUGGAGACGUUGUCUUCUCUUUGUACAUACCAUUGUGGUCUUCUGCCACGGAGCUCUGCUUCCCCUGUCAACUUUUGCACCUUUGGGUCAGUUUCUGUUCUUGGGUUCUUUUUGCCAAGUUUCAAGACUCAAGAGUUGCCUAGCUGUAGUCGAAAGCAAAGCUUUAGAGUGACAAGGGCUUGUGUUGCUGUUGAACAGAAGACCCAGACUGCAUUAAUUAGAAUUGGUACCCGAGGAAGCCCACUAGCACUUGCUCAGGCUUACGAGACACGGGACAAACUCAUGGCAAUACAUCCGGAGCUAGCUGAAGAAGGGGCUAUUAAAAUUGAAAUAAUAAAAACAACAGGUGAUAAAAUCCUAACCCAACCACUUGCAGACAUAGGUGGGAAGGGACUGUUCACAAAAGAAAUAGAUGAAGCACUAAUAAAUGCUGAAAUCGACAUUGCUGUCCACUCAAUGAAAGAUGUUCCCACUUAUUUACCAGAGAAGACAAUUCUUCCUUGCAACCUUCAACGUGAGGAUGUCCGAGAUGCAUUUAUUUCCUCUGGUGCAGCUUCCCUAGCUCAGCUUCCAGCAGGCAGUGUUAUUGGUACUGCUUCACUGAGAAGGAAAUCUCAAAUACUUCAUAGAUAUCCAUCUCUCAGCGUACAAGAAAACUUCCGAGGAAAUGUUCAGACACGGUUGAAAAAGCUUCAUGAGGGGAAGGUCCAAGCAACUUUAUUGGCAUUAGCUGGACUUAAGCGACUGAAUAUGACGGAACAUGUGACUUCUAUUCUAACAAUUGAUGAAAUGCUUCCAGCUGUUGCUCAAGGGGCAAUCGGGAUUGCAUGCAGAAGCAAUGAUGAUAAAAUGGCAAGAUACUUAGCCUCAUUGAAUCAUGAAGAAACAAGAUUAGCAGUUGCAUGUGAGAGGGCUUUUCUAGAGGUCUUGGAUGGGUCUUGCCGUACACCUAUUGCUGGAUAUGCUUGCAAGGACGAGCAUGGUAAUUGCAUAUUUAAAGGAUUGGUGGCUUCUCCAGAUGGUACACGUGUUCUUGAAACUACUAGAAAGGGUCCAUAUGCACUUGAAGAUAUGAUUUUGAUGGGCAAGGAUGCGGGCAAGGAACUUCUUUCUCAAGCAGGACCUGGCUUUUUUGGUUUUUAAAUAAUAUAGCAGUAGUGUGUGGACAAUGGGAGGAACUCUAGGCAUCAUCUUUGAUUUUUAGGGAUUUAACCAAUGAUUUUUUUGUCAUUCAGCUCCGGUCGUAAUUGUAUUGCUGAGAUUUCAAUUUUUCUGUUUACUUUUUGACUCUUAUAUUGGUAAAUCUAUUUUGAGCAGAUUUGAAGGAACAUAUAUUCCACUUGCAUGUUUUGUGGUCC